CGCGACACACCCAAGAUGGCGGCGCCCCUCCCCCGCUUCCCUCCCGACCUUCUUCCCGUGAGCCUCAGCGGCCCCUUCCCGCCUCGCCCCGCCGCAGCGACAAGAUGGCGCCGGUGCCGGUGCCCCUCAAGGACAUGAAGCUGCUGGACGUGAAGCUGGGCCAGCUGCCCACCUGGCUGGCCAUGAGGGACUUCACCCCCGGCGGCAUCGGGGGGGCUCUGCGCAGAGGGUAUGAGAGGUAUUACAAUAAAUAUAUCAAUGUGAAGAAAGGGGGCCUUGGUGGCAUCAGCAUGGUGCUUGCUGGAUACGUUGUCAUCAGCUACAUGUGGAGCUACAGUCACUUGAAGCACGACCGUCGCAGGAAGUAUCACUGACGCAUGAAUUUCAGAAAGUGAAGGUGCAGCUCCUGAGUAGACUUGGCUACUGGAACAGUUACCCGACAGGAGACAUCAGAACUGCUCAUAAUAAACUGUACUAUUAAUGACCAAUAAUAAAGUGCGUACACUUUACACCCGCUGAGCUGAGACUCUCAUAACUCGCUUAUUAAUUGUACGGUGUGGGUUUGUCUUCUCAGCUUUACGGCCCUCGAGGACAAGUUCGGAGAUGGCUGGAAAAGGGUCUGCUAUCUAGGCUGCAACGUGAACUGGGGAAAUCACUACAACUGAUUGCUAUUGGUUCAUAUUUAACUGUGUGAUAAGAAACAAUCCCCUACUUUUUCACUUCUAAUGACCUAAGCGUUACCGAUUGGACAGCUAGCUGAAAGGAUAUGAUAUUUUACUUUGAAAGAAGAGUAUCUGAGCUUUAAGAGGCUUCUUAUUGUGGCUGUGUAUUUCUGAUUCACACUCUGGCUGUCACUUAGGAGAGGAGGUAUUAGAACAAUUUUUCCUAUGCAGAGCACUGUCUGAGAUUAGUUUUAGCUUCGUUACCUCUGUUAACCUGUCAAAACUCGAGCUACUUGCAUUACUAAGAGAAGCUGGAAGGUUAUUCUGAACAGGUGUAAGUCUCAAAGACCAUUGAUAUAAUGAAAGUCCAUGAAAAAAAGGAACAACUUCUGCUUUGACCUAAAGGCAGUGGUAAGAGUACGUGUACAAAUGGAAUUAUUAAAUGAAAUUUCAAGGAGCAAGUGUGUGUUUGUCCCAGGCGAUUAGCUUCCUCGUGCACUUGAAGCAAGAGCAUCCUAUUGCUGCAGCACUACCUGCAGUAUACUUCUCAACAGGAGCAAGAAUGAAAACCACUUGUUAAGGGAUACAAAGAAUCUCUCGAGCUUUAUCAGUAACAGGAAGGCUUUCAGUUUCAAAAAACAGCAGUUCAGGGAGCAAAGACCUUAAACUUCUCUGGACUAGAUGGGAAAGGGAGCUAGACACUGAAGGGUUUGUUCCUUUUCAUACAUACAGGUAACACAUCUCAGUGUGGCUACUACUCAGCAUCUAGGGGCACACGAUGUUAUAAAAACCGUUUAAUGGUCUGUCAUACCAUAGUCACUUAGUCUUGAAACUUGUAUUUUGACUGACUGAAUAUCCACAAUAAAACAACAGCUGUCAUUCAAACCAA